GGCCAAACUCGGAAAAACUGAGAAACGCAAAGGAAAAAUGAAAAACGCAACAGACACACGAUGACUUUAAAGUUUCGGGAGCUCUCAGUUUGACACUGAGGUGUGGCCGAACACGUCGAGGAACAGGAAGUAUCCUAUUAUGGAAUAGUGGUUCUCAUAUAAACUUCCGGUAGGGUGUGAGCUUGAAGCGAAGGGUCUAUCUGGAAUUAAAGAGCGAAUAUUUUCCCUUUUUCAUCCCUCUUUUUCACACGCGUUUUCAGGAAAAAAAAAUGUCGAAGUCUUUGAAGAAGAUAGUGGAGGAGAGUCGGGACAAGAACCUCCCAGAGGUGGAGAUGUGCGACAGAGGCAUUUCGAACAUGUUGGACAUUCAAGGACUCUUCACUCUGUCCAACAUCACUCAGCUGGUGCUCAGCCACAAUAAACUCACAGCUGUACCUCCUAACAUCUCUGAGCUGAAGAACCUGGAGGUCCUAAACAUGUUCAACAACCAAAUCGAGGAGCUGCCCACUCAGAUCAGCAGUCUUCAGAAGCUGAAACACCUCAACCUUGGUAUGAAUCGUAUGAGCAGCUUGCCCAGAGGAUUCGGUUCGUUGCCAGCUCUGGAAGUGUUGGACCUUACCUACAACAACCUGAACCAGAGCUCCCUGCCUGGAAACUUCUUCUACCUCACCACUCUUCGUGCUCUCUAUCUGAGUGACAACGACUUUGAGGUCCUGCCUGCUGACAUUGGGAAGCUGACAAAGUUGCAAAUAUUGAGUCUGAGGGAUAAUGAUCUGAUCUCGCUGCCUAAGGAGAUUGGGGAGUUGGCUCAACUCAAAGAACUUCACAUCCAGGGCAACAGACUGACUGUCCUGCCCCCUGAACUUGGUAAUCUGGAUCUGACUGGUCCUAAACAGGUGUUUAAAGCAGAGAACAAUCCCUGGGUCACUCCCAUUGCAGACCAGUUCCAGCUGGGUGUCUCUCAUGUUUUUGAAUAUGUUCGCUCAGAGACCUAUAAGUAUCUCUAUGGCAGACACAUGCAGGCCAACCCAGAACCUCCAAAGAAGAGCAAUGAUAAAAGUAAGAAGAUAAGCCGCAAACCACUGGCCGCCAAGAACAAGUGAAAAGAAGACAGACGAUGGAGACGAGUGCCCGCCCAACCAGCCAAACUCCCUGCAUGUGCCUUUUUCUUCUCUCUUUUUUGUAUUGCAUUGCUAUUUAUCAAGUUUGUUUCUAAAUGUAACAUAAAGUAUUGUAUGGACUGUAUUCCACUGUAGGUGAGUCCAGAUGUAUGUUUUUUUCAACUCUUCUUAACAGUUUGAGUCCUCAUGUUGGUGCUAAAAAAGAAAAAAAAAGAUAGUUGCUUAAUAUGCUGUAAUAUGCUGGUACCCCCCAGAUGGUAAUCAGAAGUAUUGUAACUUCAAAUUUUGAGGACGUAAGUAUCAAAAUGUCUUGUAAGGCAACACUGUUAAACUGCAAUGAUACCAAAGGCAAACACUGAAUAUGGGGGAGUUCACCUUCAUUGUGGUUCCAGUGUCCACUGGUAGCCAUAUUUCUAAUGUAGUUUAGAGCUCAGAAUAGUUGAGAUUUAUUUUUAAUGUUUUACAUUCAUACUGAAAACACAUUUGCAGGUGGUAACAGAUAUUUUGUACCUGUUCUCCUAUACUACCCCACGCCGCUUUGUAUCUUAUUACACCCCACUGUACCUCUCACUGUACCUUCAAUUCCACAUUUUCCUUGUAAAGUUAUUCUUCAAAGCAUUACCAAGUGUCAGUCACAUUUCAGCCUGUUGCAAAAAAUAAUGAAGAUAAUCAUUUUUUAAAAAUCGUCAUGCUUUUAUCACAGGCCAGAAUAUACUGAAAGUUCAUUGUGUUGUCAUUAUUGAACAUUUCAAAUAAAAUAAUCACAAUCUUC